AUGGCCAACAGAUCAACGACCAACCACCAAGCAACUGAUGAUUUCUUCACCCUCACCCGCCGGGUAGGUGCCAAACGUGAUCCGCCGGACUACACUCCCAACGGCACCGCAGAGGACGCGCCCCAGGAAUCUCAACUUGGCCCCUCGCAGGCGCCAGAGGGGCAAUCUUGCAGGUUGUUCUAUGAAGACUCCAAUGGCGAAGAUCUGGCGAGCCCCUCAAUCGAAGCUUCCAACUCCGCCAAUCAAAACCCUCCAGGCCCCCCUGAUGGCGGGAAUCCGAACGCUACUGCUGCAAAUGCCCCAGCCCGCCUCGGCCGGCACAGACAAGAUGGUCCUACCGGCAACUCUAUCAGCCCCGCUCGCUCAGCCAAUCCCUCCCCCUGCGGUCGCGCCUCCGGCCCCGCUGUCGGCGAUGCUCGUCCAAACCCGUCUCGCUCCCCAGAUGGCUCCACGGCUUCCCCCCUGGCCAGCCGUGGGCCCAUCCCGCACCCCGCGGCCGCCGCCCGCGUAUUCCUCCCAGCCCGUGGGCCCUUGGCCCCUGGAGGUCGGGUCUUCUCUGCCCCGCGCAUUACGUCCAUGGGCCGAGUUAUCCCUCCACGCCUCGUCUCCAACCCGUCCCCAACGGCGGCCGCCUCUGUCCCUGUGCAAGCCACGGAGACGGCCACGGCGUUGGGACCCUCUCCAAAUCAGUCGGAUUCUCCCACCCCUGCGAACGGGGCACGUCACGUGCCGCCCAAAGCAACAUCGAAUCCGCAACUCGACCGCCAGUGGCCUCUGGCUUGGGCUCCCCACCAAGCCCAAGGGAGGAACUCCCCUCUCCAUCGCAGCCCGUCGACCCUGAGGAAUCUCCCGCACAACCCAUGGGCCCCUCCCCGGAAAUCUGAGGACCAACCCCAGGACCGCCUAAGUAAACCCGGGUCCUGA